UUCUGUAAUGGAAGGAAAAAUUUAAGGAAAGGGAAAGGAAUGGGUAAGACAAUUGAAUGUGACGGAAAUAGGAUUGGAAUUUCUUUCGAGAUGUAAUUAAGUGUAGUUACUUCAUAAUAUUGAUUUGUUUCUAUUUUCUACGAACGACGAAAUUAACUGCGAAUUUUCGAAUUCAGACGACAAACAUAAAGAAAGGAUAAUGAAUGGAAGACAUGCUUGAUAGAAGUUUAGAGAUAACUGGAUCAAUAUAUAAUUAAAAUGAGCUCCCUGCAAAAACCAAGGGGCUAUUUGUCUUAUUCUCCGAGUACUCAACGCACUCAAGGCAACUUUCCUGGUAGUUUAAGCGGAAGUGAGACAGAUAUUUCAACGUCUAACGAGAAUCUUAGCCAUGAGGAAAGAUAUGUCAUCCAGCAUACAACUCGGCAGGAACCUCAGGGCCAGGAGAACCGCAGCAGUCAGGACUGCACUUCCUACAACACUCUCAUCAUCCAUGGCCAGGGGGAGGAGAAAAUGUGGAAUAACAGGUUGUCCAACGAUCCUCAGCACCUGCAGUACAAGACCUCAUCUCCCAGCAAAGAGUCGCUGAGGCAUCCUUACUCUACAAGUGUUAGAGAAAUUACUGAUAUUCCUGAUGACUACUUGAAUCAGUCACAGGUCCUGAAACACUUGGCAAAAGAAGUGAAGGUGGGACCUGUGGAAAGAGACCAGGAAGAUGUAGAUGUGUUGUUGAAGUGCCAGCCGCCCCCCUACUCUCUGGCUCCCAGCCUCAAGGUCAAGCGUUUGCCAAUAUCUAAGUCCCAGCCUGACCUCUCUCAUCUGAGUGGCUCCACUGACUGCAUCGAUACCACCACGUUCAGGCAUACUCUCGGCAAUACAAGGAAAGAAAAUAAGUAUGUUCAAAAUAUGGUGGAAAUUUUACUUCAAGAAAACAAUAGCCUAAAGCUUGAACUGGAGUCUUGUUACCAAAAGGUUGCGAAAUCUCAGAAGCUGGAGCAGGAAGUGGGGAAGGUGCAUCGAGCACAUGAGGAGCUGGUGGCAUCAUGUGAGCGUCGUGAGCGGCUGGAGCGAGCAGCUCGGACCCGACUCCAGGGAGAGCUACACAGAGUGCAGGAGACUAAUGAGAGCCAGCGACAGCAGAUAGAGAUGCUGACCACACAGUUGUUGACCUCCCGCGCUUCCUCACCCGACCACUCACGCAAGGAACUCACCAAGCGGGAAGCCCUCAUCGCUCAGCUGGUUACUCAGAACAAGGAGUUGGCAGCUGUGAAGGAGCGUCAGGAGAUAGAACUGGCAGCACAGCGGGCCACACUGCAAGAGCAGAGAACCCACAUAGACAUACUGGACACAGCCCUUACCAAUGCUCAGGCCAAUGUUGUGCGACUCGAGGAGGAGUGCCGCAAGAAACAGGUGCAUGUGGAGCGAGUGGCACAGCUGCAGAGAGCUCUGCAAGCGCUACAACUGGCCAGUGAUCGAAGGGAGCAGACCGAGCGAAAGUUGCGUCUACAACUCGAGAAUGAACUGAGGAACGAACGUGCACGAAAUCAUUCCAGUCAGGACACCUUAAAUACAGGUGAAUCUGGUGAGAGUGUACCGGAGUUGAAGAGGCGGCUGAGAGAGAAGGACGAGAAGAUUAUGAGAUUGGAAGGAGAGGUGGCCAAGUGGGAGCAGAGAUAUCUGGAGGAGAGUGAACUUAGACAAGCUGCUAUUGAUGCUGCAAGCAUUCCAAAGGAUGCAAAAAUCGCUGCCCUAGAAAAAACUAGUCAAGAAUCAGAGAAACUAAUAGCAGAAGCGAGAUCUGACAAGUUGCGACAAAUGGAUGAGGUUCAUGCUGCACAGAAAAAAGUUACAGAUCUUGAGGCCAAGAUGAAAGAACUGGAAUCCAAGCUGGCGGAGAAGGAUGCAAUGAUUAGAGUUCUGCAGAAGAAGCACACGUAUGACAAGGAAGUGUCUAGUUCAUAUCCCAGUAUCUCACUUAGUCAUCAUACUCCACAUCCCAGUCUCAACACUUCCAAUCUCAACAAUGUACUCAAUUCCCAGGAUCUAGGUCAGGUUUCGACCACCAGUGUGUUCUCGACUGCGAGCAGUGGGUUCUCGUACUCGGGGAGUGUUGACAGUUCCUAUCACAAAUACUCACCACACAAAUCUCUUGAUGACCAAUUGAAGGAGUUAGAUUCUCAACUGCUCAGCAAGAGAGGUCUUUGCUGUUUUCCAGGAUUCUCUCAUCCAGGCACUUCGUCGCGAAAAGGAAAAAUACCCCAGCCACUAUUGGCGAGUGUAGGAGGGUUCGAAGCUGGAGGCUUUUUACAGGGGCUGGUCAGUUCUGGACAGGCAGGAAAUGACAUGAUGCUACUCGAGAAGCAAGGUCUGUGUUCCCAGCAACAGCGUCAGACAGAGGCCAGAUGUGGCAGCCUACCACCUAGUUCUCUGCCGAGACCUAAGCGGCAUCACAAAUCUCCAAGCACCAACAAGGAUCGCAGGCUGGGUGAAUACGGCAGGCUCAGCGAUGGUGAGGGCUCCAGUAGCCGCAAAGCCUCCGCCAACUCCAGCACUGACGCUGCUGACAAGACCAGGACCUCGCCUUCGCGUCCUGUUAUUCCCUUGCCAUCUCGUAAACUCGGAGAAUACGGCCGCCUCAGUGAUAGCGACAGAAAAACCUCUACGAACAAUUCCAAUGAAGAUGUCACAGACAAACCAAGAGAAUCUCCUAUUAGAAGUAUACCUUUGCCUCCAAGAAAGCUCGGCGAAUACGGAAGAUUGAGUUCUGAUUCUGGAAGAAAAACUCCAACCGAUUUAGGAUCUACUACUCCAGCUGAUAAUUUGAGUUUGAACACUAGGAGCUCUCCAGUAAGGAAGUUCUCAGAAUAUGGAAGGUACGAUGUGGCCAAUAAACAGACUGAAAAUAAGUCCAUUUUGGAAUUUGGGGGAAGAAAAUUAUCUUCUGAUAAAUCCAAUGAUUCUCCAUCUGCAAGUCUAAUACCGCCCCCAAGGAAACUCUCAGAUUACAGCUGUUUUGAAUCUCCUCCUCCCUCUCCUCAGAGUAAGGAGUCAAAAUUGCGUCUCAUUCACACCACAACUCUAAGGGCUCGGCGUGGCUCACUCAGUCAGCCUCCUCCUCCCAAACCUCCCUCUGAGCCCGGAGUACGCUCUUUACCCACUCCUAACAAGUACAGAAUCCAGUUUUAGUAGCUCAAUAAUUCAAUUUCUCACUACAUUUCAGAAAAAAAAUAAACACAUUAAUAACCUCCUCAAAAGUAAUGAUUUACAAACUAAGGUGGUUGAAUAUUCAUUCAACUUGCAUCAUGUUUGUGUAGAAUCUGUAUUUGUUAAAUUCAUAGAAAACUAUUAAUAUUAGUUUUGUAAUAUCUUUUAAGAUCUUAUAUAAAUAUGUAAUUGUUUGAUUAUAAACCUAUUUUAUUAUUUGUUGUUUUCAAAUAAGCAGUAUGAAAAGAAAUUUAUAUUUUUAAAUGGAUAUUAUUCUGUGACAGGAUUUUUACUGUAAGAAUAAAUUACAUUUAUAGAUUAUGUGUACACAUUAUACUAGAAAUGUAGUGAGAGUUACAUUUAUUAUACAUUAGAUCAAAAUAUAACAGUGGAAAUUGAUAUAAAUAAGUUUGUAUCUAAUGCAACUUAUUCAUGUAUGACAUGUUGAGAUGUUAAGUUCAUACAUACUUAUAUGAAAUUAAUUUGUAUUAGUGGUGCAAAAUGAUCUUGGUACCUGAGAGGAGACAAAUAAUUAUUAGUACAUUUACUUUUAUAUUUUCACUAUUCACAUACAUUCUUUUUUAUUUCAUUCAACUAAACAUAAGGAAGAUAGUGUAAUAAUACAGUUAUUUUUCCUAUUUAAUUCAAUAACAUAUUAUAACAGUAUGUUAAUGUGUAGAUUAUACAAAUACAGCUUGAGCAAACUCAGAAUUAACUCCAAAUCAAGCUGUAGAGCCUAUAUUUUAAGUAUGUUAAUGUGUUCCCUCAAUUAAUGAUAAAAAAUUAUUUGUCUUCCAUUAACCCGCCAGGAGUUGCGUUACGGUCUAAUCAAUUGGGUUUUAAUUAUCUUGUGUAUACUUUUCGAAUGGAAAAGGAAUAUCUUUUCCUCCCAAUAUCUUCCAAAAAUAUUCUCCAUUCCUUAUUGUGUCUAGAGACAGCCAUUAUUAACGUGACUUGGUUAUUCUAAUCUGUGUAAUAUAUCAUAUUUCCAACUCCAUUCCACCGUGUUUUUAUGUGAGUUUUUACUGGUUAUUUUUGUUUAUUCCAAUGUGGAAGACGGAAUAAAUUGAAAAACAGAUUUUUUAUUGUAUUGGUAUUUGUUAUUUUUAUUUACCCAGUAGACUUGAUCGUGUGUGACUCCUGACAUAAAUGUUUCUAUUUGAUUACUAACUGAGAUUUCUUAGUCAGAUUUUAAAAAUGUUUUAUAAUUAGGUGAAUUUAACUGAGUGUAAUUAAAAGAAAUUAAGGGGUUUUCAAAGUUAUAAAACCAUAUAAGUGUUAUAAAGUAAUGUCUCAUAAAACUGGCUCCUUAUUCAUGUUAAUUUAAACAUAUUCUACAAAAUGAACUUUGCUAACUAUAGAAAUGUAGUUAAGCUAAGUAAUAAUUGUAGUAUUUAUUUUAUUCGAAACUUCUUUCUGUUUCUAUUUACUUUUAUAAUGUCUGUAGAAUCACAAAGUAUUAUUUGACCAGUUACCAGAUAGAAAUAAGAUAACAUUACUUUAUUGUUGUUUUGUCAUUCUAUUUUCAGUUGUCAUGGCCAAUAGAGUGAAUUCAAACCCCUCUUUGUGAGGAAAGUGUCUGUGUGUUUUGUGCUGCGACGGCUAGCUAAGUGUUCUCUACUCAACUUAUGUAGUUAUAGAUUAGUGGAUCCUGAUAAAUCAAGUUCUUUGUAACUGUUUUAACAAAAGUUUGGAAGCUUUUAACAGAGUAACUAAUGGCAGGCACAGAUGUUAUAUUUACAACAUUGGUUAAGUGCCAUGCAUGCUGGAAAUGUUAAAAAGUGCCUUUGAUAAUAUUUGCAACAUUCUCACAUUGGAUUCAAAGUGCAUUGCAAACUAGUGGUGUUGAAUGUGAUUAAGAAGCAAUGAAUAAUGCGAGUAAUGUUUGAUUUGUAGGAUUGCUGGUUUUACAGGAAUCAUCUGUUGAUACUUUUAAUUUAAACUUUAAAAAGAUAUUUAACAUUCUAUAGGGCCUAAAGGUUGUUUAAAAAAAUAUUGUUUCAUAUUGAUAUGUUCACUUUUAAACCAAAGUUUUAUUAUAGUGUGCGUGGUAAUUUAGUACCUGUCUGCGUACCUAGCAGUUGUAAUGAUCGUUCUGAGACAAAUUUUGUUGAAUAUGGAAAUUAACACUUACGCUCCCAGAGCUUACUAAAGAUGUCCUGGCAAUACAGUCCAGUAUUUUGAGAGCCAGUGUUAACGAAAUUGCAUUUUUUAAAGACAUACAUUUUCAGUUGCUCAGUAAAUUUGAAACAUGACAAUGAUUAAAAAUAUGAAGUAAUUUACAAGUAUCCAUAAAAAGAACAUGUUUAGUCACAUUUUAUAUAUUUUUAAGGGAAAACCAUAAUCUUUUUUUCAACCUCCCCUCUCACAGUUAAUUUAUCUUUAAUCAUGAAGGAUUUGUUGUAUGGUGGCCGCCCAGUUUUCUGAUAAUUGUGCCUGUUUCUGGACGAUUUUGCAGAUUUCCGAUCAGCCUUAUUUCUAUAUAUUUUAUGUUUAACACAUCCUUUUUCAAUUUAAAUAGUCUUCAUUAUUUAAAGGGCACAUCCAUCAUUGGCUGAGCGUUAGCAAAGCUGUCACUAAGGGGGUGGAGAAAUGUUAUUCUUGUGUGUCCGUACGAUAUCUCGAGAACAAACUGACCUAUAGACUUUGUAAUUUUGUAUGAAGUUUCAUUUCUGUAAAAGCAACAUCUAGUUUGACGAUUGUGCAUGUUACUCCUUAAAAUUUGGCUGAACACUAGCAAAGCCUAUAACUCAGAGUGCUAUCUCGAUAAUUAAUUGUUUUAAACUUAAAAGAUAUUUGUUUUCUGUAUGAUUGUCCACAGGAUAUGUUAAGAAUGAAAUAAGCUAUAGAAAUGUUGUAUUCAACUUCAGCAAAAUCUGUUAUACGACACUUAGUGAUUAAAAAUGUUCUUUUUAAUAAAAUAUACUUGUUUUAUAAAAUAGCUUUAAUUUUUUAAUCAUUUCAAUUUUUAUCUGAAAAAUUAGAAAAUUAACAGUAGUAUAUGUUUUUUUAAAUAUUAGUUAUAACUUUAUCAUAAAUAAAAAUCUUAGUUUUAUUACAAGUAAUAUAUUACUAAAGUAAAUCAUACUAUAAAAUCUCUAAAUUUUGCAAUGAACUCUUGGUCUCCUGCCUUAUUAAGUGUAAUGAUUUUUAAAAUAAAAGGAAGGUAUUUUAGGAAAAUUGUAAUUACUUACAAAGUGUUACAUAAGACACAACCUUUUAUAAUAAAAAUAUCAUGUGGGUUAGUUUAAAAAAAUAUAUUUUUUGAGACAUUUUAGGGACUUUAAUUUUGGUACUUUGUUAGGGAUUUUUACUAAGUUUUUAUAGCCUAUAUAUUCAGCUAGUCAGUGAAUUAAUUUUCUUAAAUAACUAAUCAGAUUACUAAUUAAUCACAUUCGAUGAAUGGUGCUUCCCAGACGUAAUUGUAUGAUAUAACCAUGUAAGAUAUACUAUAAGUUUGGCAACAUAUUGUGAUACUGACGCAGGUCGGCUCAAGUGUCCUUGUACAACCCACUCCACUGCCUGCCUGCCACUCUAGACAUAGCAUAGCAUACAAUACUAAUAUAUACUUGUUAUGUACAUUGUUACACAUUAUUUAUUUGUACUAUAUUUGUAUGUAAUUUACAAACAGUAGGUGAUACCUGUAACUUUUCUAAUUCGUAAUCCAAAACAUCCAAAGAGUAAUAAAGUAAAAUACUGUUGAA